AAGAAAUAUCAAUGUCGGCCAUGUGCACUAUCUGAAAGCAAUUUAUUCAGCAAAGAAAAGGUAAAGAAAGGUAGUGCCUCUCACCAAUAGAUGCUUCACCAGAUUAAAGACCGCGUCAGUAUGAAAAAGAAAAUUAAGCGUUUGAUGACUUGAAGUUGAAACGAAAGCUCCUCCACAUGGAAGGUGGUAGGAAACUGCUUCGUCAAGCCCUCAUAAAUCUAACCAGAGCGUCACUGCCAUACCCAAUUCUUUGAGCUUCUCUUUGCUUUUAAUUAUCUGCCUCCUAUCUAUGACCACUCAACCAGUCUCUUCUUCUCCUUCUUCUUCUUCUUUCACUCAUGAUUCAUCAUGCACAUAUGAUGUGUUUUUGAGUUUUAGAGGUGAGGAUACACGCACCAAUUUUACCGAUCAUUUGCACGAGGCUUUAGUCCGUAAGGGAAUCCGGACCUUCAUUGAUGGAGAGCUUGUAAGAGGAGAAGAAAUAUCGCCAGCCCUUGUCAAAGCAAUUGAAGAAUCAAGAAUUUCUCUCAUUGUAUUCUCUGAAAACUAUGCAUCUUCGAGGUGGUGCUUGGAUGAACUUGUCAAGAUCCUUCAAUGUAAACAAUCAAAGCAACAAAUAGUUUUGCCCUUUUUUUUCAAGGUGGAUCCGUCAGAUGUACGACACCAAAGAAGUAGUUAUGGUGAUGCAUUUGUUCACCAUGAACGCAAAUUCAAGGAUGACAAGGAGAAAGUGCUCAAAUGGAGGAGAGCUCUUACAGAAGCAGCAAAUUUGUCUGGAUGGCAUUUCAAGGAGGGAGAGUAUGAAGCUACAUUUAUCAACAACAUCGUUGAUGGAAUCUUAAGCCAAGUACUGAGCCGCACAUAUUGGAAUGUGGCCAAGUACCCAGUUGGAAUUCAAUCUCGUGUACAAGAUGUGGAAAGGCAUUUAGAUGUUGGUGGGAAUGGUCGUCGCAUGGUUGGGAUAUGGGGGACAUCUGGAAUAGGCAAGACAACAAUUGCAAAAGCUAUAUGGAAUGCAAUUGCACAUAAAUUUGAGGGAAGUUGUUUCUUGUCAAAUGUUAGAGAAAAUUCAAUGUCAGAUGGAGACUUAAUCAAGCUACAGGAGGCUCUUCUUCAUAAAAUUCUUGGCGGUGAAUGGAAAAUUCAUAGUGUUGAUGAAGGAAUUGGUGUCAUAAAAAAACGGUUGAGCCAUAAAAAAAUUCUCUUAAUUCUUGAUGAUGUGAAUCAAUUGAAGCAAUUAGACAAUUUGGCUGGUGUUGGUUGGUUUGGUGAGGGAAGUAGAGUCAUUACAACUACACAAGAUAGCGGAUUGCUAAAAUGUCAUGGAAUUGAUUUGAUAUACGAGGUCCAAAAGUUAUAUGGCAACCGAGCUCUUGAGCUUUUUAGUUUCAGUGCCUUCGGAACCAACAAACCUCCAAAGGAUUAUUUGGAACUCGCACAACAUGCAAUAGCAUAUGCUCAAGGCAUUCCACUAGCUCUAACACUUUUAGGUUCUCAUCUUCGUAAUAAAGACAAAGAUCGUUAUAUAUUAGAAAGUUAUGAAGGAGAACCAUAUACAGGUAUUCGAAAAAUACUUCAAAAAAGUUAUGAUGCCUUGGAAAAUUCCAUGCAACAAUUUUUUCUAGACAUUGCAUGUUUCUUCAAGGGUGAAAAUAAGGACUAUGUUCUACAAAUAGUAAGCAAUUCUAAGAACAAGGUCUCCCGAGAUUGUAUUGAAGUACUCAUUGAAAAGGCAAUGAUAACUAUUGACCAUGGUCAGAUUCAGAUGCAUGACUUACUAGAAAAACUGGGCAAGGAUAUAGUUCACGAAGAAUCCCCCAAUGAUCCCGGCAAGCGUAGUAGAUUGUGGUCUUAUGAGGAUGUUGAACAAGUUCUAACAGAAAGUACAGGAACAAGAAAUAUUAAAAGCAUCAUUGUGAAGCUUCCAAGACUAGCAGAGAUAACCUUGAAUCCAGAAUGCUUCCGUAAAAUGGUAAAUCUUGAAAUUUUCAUAAACUGUGAUGCAUCUCUACGUGGGCACAUUAACUAUCUGCCCAACGCGUUAAGAUUGAUUGAUUGGGAUAGAUGUCAGUUACAAUCUUUGCCACCCAAUUUUCAAGGGAAUCGUCUUGUUGAGUUCAAUAUGCCUCGCAGUCAUAUCAGACAAUUGGAUGGAUUUAAGCAUUUGCCAAACCUGACAUCUAUGAAUUUGAGCGGUUGUCAAUUCUUAGAAAAAAUCCCAGACUUAUGUGGAAUCCCAAACUUAAAGGAAUUGGAUCUAAGCGAGUGCACAAGUUUAGUUGAGGUUGAUGAUUCUGUUGGAUUCCUUACUAAACUUGCCUUUUUGGAUCUCGAUGGAUGCGUUAAGCUUACGAGGUUUGGAAGAAGAAUACGAGUCACCAAAGGUUACGUCAUUGGAAGUUUUUCUGCCUAUCGGGAAAUAGUUUUGUCAAUCUUCCAAUAUCCUUAAGCAAAUUUGUCAACUUGAGGAAUCUUGACUUGCGUGAUUGCAUAAGUCUUCUAGAAAUUCCAGAACAAGUGCUUCCACCAAGAGUAAGAUUCGUAUCUCUGUCUAACUGCACAUCAUUGGAAAAAAAUUCCAAAAGUGUCUUGGGUUUCGCUGGAUAACCGCACAUCAUAAGUUGUGUGUAGACAACACCUCUUGCUUGUGCUCUGCCUCUCUCCCAGUUUUGAGAGUCGGUGGCUAUUUCCCACCCUUGAUGGGUGUUUCUUUGAGCUUUGUCUAAGUAGUUCAGGGCUUUAUGCCUUUUCAGUUAUGUUGUUUAUGUUUUCUUCUUCCUCUCCAACCCUUUUUAGCCCUAGAUCUCACAUCAAUCUCCAACCUUUUUAUUGGAUUUUCAUCCUCUUUCACCCCCUUGCUCCUCAUCCCCCAGAUCCCCCCCACUCUCACCCAUAUCACUUGCUCUACUCCUCUCCUUCCUCACUUGUUCCCACCUCAAUCCAAGCUUGUAGCUAUUCAUCCCCUACACGCGUGUUCGCGUCUUAAUCGGAAGAUUGGUAGAGUUUCAACUCGAGUGCUCGCACCACCACCUUCCACGAAUUGGUUCUUGUUGGUUCUGCUGGCUACGGGCUGGUUUUGGCCUUCGGUUUCUUCUGAUGUUUGGCUGCUGUCCCUUGAUACGAGUUUGGGUUCAAUGGGUGCGAAGUGCGUCGCAGUGGAGUUCGUUAUUGGGGUUUUUUUAGUUUUAUGCUUUUCCAAUUUUAAGACUUUGUUCCAGUGGAUUUAGGGUGGUUAUUUGUUGUGUUGGUAUGGAAGUUUGUUGUUUUGUUUUGGCCGUAGUGUGUAGUUGUUUGCUUGCUUCUUUUCCUGUUGCAGGGAUGAUCAUGGCGGCUGCCUUCUGUUGUUUUGUUUUAGUUGCUAAGGUUUCGUUUGUUUUGGGCCUUUUGACCUUUGCUAUGUUGGGCUUCAUUUGUAACCCUUACUUAUGAAUGAAAGUCCACUUUGACCCAAAAAAAAAAAAAAAAAACCGCACAUCAUUGUAGAAAAUUCCAGAAUGGCCAAAUAUCUCUGUACUUGUUCGAUUGCGUUAGACUACGAGGCAAUGACAUCACGGAAAAUAUUUUUCUGAA